AUGGCUCCCUCGCGCAUCCCUGCCAUCUGCCUGGGCCUAGGCCUGGCCAUCUGCCUGGUCUGGUUCACCGUCCAGCUGAGCCUGCGAAGUCCGCACAACCUGCUCGCCCAGGCCACGGAUUUGUUGGGCGGACUGCACGACCAAACGUCUGCGCUGGACGAGACGAUGUCCAACGGAACCGAUCGGCCGCUGGUGCUAUAUGCCUAUGCCGAGUCUAAUGCCGGUCGUGCCGAUCUGGCCUUUUUUGUGCACAACGGUCUGCACCGGCGCGCCGACUUUGUCUUCAUCUUUAACGGGCCGACCAAUGCGACCGAUAUGGUCCCGGCCGACCUGCCCAACGUGCGUGUCGUGCAGCGCAAAAACACCUGCUUCGACCUGGGCGCCUUUGGCGAGGUGCUGCGCACAGAUGACCUCUGGAAGCGUUACAAGCGCUUCAUCACCAUGAACGCCAGUAUUCGCGGCCCUUUCGUGCCGCUCUACUCAUCCGCCUGCUGGACAGAUAUCUUUCUUAACCGGGUCACCGAGCGUACUAAACUUGUCGGCCUCUCUCUCAACUGUGGCCCACGACCGCACGUGCAAUCGAUGAUCUGGGCUACAGACUCCGUCGGCAUGGCAAUCUUGCUCGACCCCGAACUGGCACACUCGGUCGGCCGUACUGAUAGUUUUGCCAAUAGAAAGAGCCCCGUCGGCCUCACCCCCUGCUACAGUGACUGGCGAGCAGCCGUACACGCCGAGAUCGGCACCACGGAGCUCAUCCAGUCGCAGGGCUACGAUGUGGACGUGCUUAUGACAGCAUACCAAGGGCAUGGUGGAAAGCAUGGAAAGCAUGGAAGGAAGGCGACCAAGGCGUAUUGCGACACUCUGGACGAGAUUGCAGACCCCUUCACAUUACAAGGCUACUUUGGCAGCAACAUUCACCCCUACGAGACAGUGUUCGCAAAGGCGAACCGGGACAUCGACCUCCCACUGCUGGAGCACUUGACAUUAUGGCACAUGAACAUGAAUCACACUGCCUGGAACAUGUGCGGGUCGUAA